AUGCUUCCUUUCUUUAUUCUUUUGUUGAAGAACGAGUUAAACAGCCGCAAUAAAAAAUUAUCUGAACAAUUAGUUGAAUUAAACAAAAAGUAUAUUGAAAUACAAGAAGAAAAUUUAAAAUUCAAUGUUAAUUUGGAACAUUUAAACAAAAUGUUGAAAGCGAAAGAAACUCGAAUAAAUGAAUUAGAAAGCCAAUGUCAAGUAAUGGAAAAUAGUCUAGAAAACUUACAAAAACUUUUCGAAGUAGACAUGAAUCAGUUAACUGUUGAAAAUUCACUUACUACAGCAUUAACUAUUAAAUCGGGUAUUCUGGAACUUCAACGUAAACUAGAAUCUACUUCAAAUAAUUGUCAGCAUAUUUCAAAACAAUUGGAAAUAAAGGAGAUAGAAAAUCAAAAUAUGAAUUCACAAUUUACGAUGUUAACUACAAACAAUGAAAAGCUUUCAUUGAAGAUAAAUCAACUAACUGAUAUUAAUGAACAGUUAGAAAAUCAAAUUCAAGGGAAGAAUAAUUCAUUGGAACACUUGAAUUCUGAAUUAAUCAACUAUAAAAACAAAGUAGAAGAAUUAGAGAAUUCAUUAAAUGAUAUGAAGAUCAAAUUAACUGAAAAUGAAGAAAUUAAGCGCCAAAUUGAAUUAAAUCUUGAACAAACUAAGUCAAUAAAUAAUGAAUUAUGUCAGAAAUUAAAUAAAUUAAAUGAAGACACAUUAAAUAUGGCUCAAUAUCCAGAUUUGAAUGGACCAAUAGUAUAUGAAGAUGAGAAUAGUAAGUUUCUAAUGUGA